ACCACACCACAUCCGUAUUGGAAAUUUGUUUUGAUGAUGGUGGAUGUCAGAUUUUGUGGGAUGAAACACCACUGAGCGACUCGCCGUGCGUAAAAUCGUGCGUAAUAAAAAAGCUUUUCCUCGGAGUGGACGCGACUUGCGCAGCCAAAGGGGGAUCGGUGUCGAAGAAAUCCUAGUUUUAUUAUCAGCCUCCUCCAUCAGUGUUGUUGUUGUUGUUGGCCACUGGCUAAUGCUAACGACGGCUAGCUAACAGGCUAACAAAGCAGCCUUUCAUGUUGAGGGGCUGUUUGUGCGUUUGCCAGCCACAGAACAGGUUCUAGCUGUGGGUGAGCAGCUUUCAUGUCUGUCAGGAGUCAUUUUUGUCGUAGCCGUGUCACAUUUUCCCGUGGCCAUUGCCUGGUUGGGUCACCGCUAGUUAGCCCGCAAAAAUGGGUUAGCUGAUGUAGCCAUCUCGUUUCUGACACUAGAAUGCAGUUACCAGUUGGGAUUUGUGUGUCUUCGUACUGUAAUACGGCUGUAAUAAGUCAGCUUGUCAGAUUUGCUUGCUUUUCUCUUUAUUUUGAGCCAGCCAUCUUCAAAUAAGUACCUCUCUCUGACACAUAGUUGAGUCUGGGAGCCCACCCACAACUGGAAAGGUUUGACGUUUUUGGACUUAGGGGGUCAGGGUUAGGCUCAUUGUCACAAGCAUUUCCCAAAGCCAUGCUAUGAUGGUGCUACGUCGAUUACUGAGAAAGCGCUGGGUUUUAGGUGUAGUCUUUGGACUGUCUCUGAUCUACUUCCUCACCAGCACGCUCAAACAGGAGGAGAGAACCAUACGGGAUCGCACCCUCUUGGAGGUGAGGGAUGCAGACCAUCGCAUCCCCUGGAAGGUCCGCUUCAACCUGGGCAACAGCAGCCGACAGAUCACACAAUGCCGAAACUCCAUCCAGGGCAAGACGCUGCUCACAGAUGAACUUGGCUACGUCUGCGAGAGAAAGGACUUGCUGGUGAACGGCUGCUGUAACAUCAACGCACCCAGCUCCAGGCAGUACAUUUGUAAAAGCUGCCUGGCCAACGGCUGCUGUAAUAUCUACGAAUACUGUGUGUCAUGUUGCCUCCAGCCUGAUAAGCAACCUCUCCUUGAGCGCUUCCUGAAUCGUGCGGCUGAAGGUUUCCAGAAUCUCUUCACCGCUGUGGAGGACCAUUUUGAGCUGUGCCUGGCCAAAUGCAGGACCUCCUCGCAAAGCGUUCAACAUGAGAACACCUACCGAAACCCUCAAGCCAAGUACUGCUAUGGAGAAAGUCCUCCCGAGCUCCUUCCUAUAUGACUGUUUCCCUCUUGGUUUAAGGAUGAACAAUAAAAACUGGGGGCCUAUACAAGGGCCCUGAAGGUGCAUGGAGAAGAAAUAGAGCCAUCUCUAUGACAGACUUGCUGUCUUGGACAUUUUUUGCAUCAACCAAGACACCAGAACAACCUCAGAAUGGACAAAUACUGUAUGUGAUUUGAUUAUUUACACUUCAUAAGUGCAUAGACUGCAUCAUAUAUUCAUCCGUGAUGAUCAUCAGGUCUACAUAGCGGGCAGCUCAUCCAUCAGGAUUCGCUUCAUACCGUUCAUCGUCAUAAAAUAGGCUUCAUUUCAAUGCAGAUAUAUGAUUACUGCAGUUUUUAUGUAUCAUUGGACAUUUAAAAACCGCAAAGAAUGUGUCAUAACUUCUGUGUGUAGCGCAUGCGUAUGGAAUAGUUAUUUAAUAAAAGUGACUGUGAAAUUACA